AUGGCAGAAGAAAUCGCAGCAGAUUACCUGGUGGUUGGCGCCGGAGCAAUGGGGUUGGCUUUUGUGGAUACAAUGCUCAGCGAUACCAAAGAUACUAAGAUAAUUAUCGUCGACCGCUAUGAUCGACCUGGAGGCCACUGGACUACAGCAUAUCCUUUCGUGAGGCUACAUCAGCCUUCAGCCUUUUACGGAGUGAAUUCACGGAAUCUCGGAGAGAACAAAAUUGACAAAGUUGGCCUCAACAAAGGUCUUGCGGAGUUGGCUACCGUUGACGAGAUCUGUGGAUAUUAUAACAUUGUUAUGCAUCAAACUUUCCUCGCUUCGGGUCGGGUCAAAUACUUUCCCAAGCACGAGUUCGAUACGGCCCAGCUACAGUGGCGAUCUUCUGUUACGGGAAAGACAUACAAGCUCCAGCGAAGCACCACAGUCGUCGACGCUACGUACAUGAAAGUGAAGGUGCCAUCCAUGGCUCCCCCAUCCUACGAAGUCGCAGGCGUAGAGUUGGUCACGCCGAAUGCCUUGCCCAAGGCAAGUCGACCGUAUGGCGGAUACACGGUAGUAGGCGCUGGCAAGACAGGAAUUGAUGCGUGCCUAUGGAUUUUGAACCAAGGAAUAGAUCCGAAACAGAUUACCUGGAUCAUGCCACGGGAUUCGUGGUACUUCGAAAGAGGCGGAUUGCAGCCCGGACCAGAAUUCGCCGCCAGCACUGCGAACAGUAUCAACGACAUCAAUGGUUCGGUCAUGCAGGCCACAUCUCCGGAGGAUCUCAUGCUCCGGCUUGAGUCCUGUCAGCAAGUUAUACGACUUACGGACAAAGUCUGGCCGACUAUGUUUCGAUGUGCAACCGUCUCUCUGGCCGAGCUCGAACAAAUCCAGCGAAUUGAAAACAUUGUUCGUCAGGGUCGUGUCGCACGUAUCGAUUCUAGCGGAGUACAUUUUGAGAAUGGUUCUUCCCACAAAGCAGUGCCCGACACCAUAUACAUCGACUGUACCGCCGACGCCCUAGCGAAACUCGACCCAAAGCCCAUAUUCGAUGCCGAAACAAAAACCCUCACACUCCAAUCCGUCCGUUUCUGUCAACAAGUCUUCAGCGCAGCCUUUAUCGCUCACGUUGAAGCCACCUACACCAACGACCUCAACCUCAAAAACGAGCUCUGCCGCGUGAUCCCUCAUCCGAAUGAAUGGAUCGAUUACAUGAUUGUAAACCUUCAAACUCACCGCAAUGGUCUCACAUGGGCGAGUCAUCCCAAGACGGCUGAGUGGCUAGCUCAAGCACGCUUGGAUUGGUAUGGUACAUUCUUGCCUAAAGCGCCGGAAGAUCCAAUACAAGCGAGGGAAUUUUAUUCUGCUGUCGGGGCACAGAUACAAGGGUUGUGCGGUAAGCUGGAGGAAUUGUUAGGUCAACUUCCGGAGAAGGAUGCGGCGAGAGCUAAAGCUCAGAUAGCUGGUAUGUAG